GCCCGCGCCGCCUGCAGCCCUGUCGCCUCGCCUUAUUCGUCCCUAGCCGGCAGCCCACCGCAAAACUCCGCCUCAAGACGACAUCACUCUCGCACGUUACGCGUAUCCCCGCCCACUGUGGACAAGUCUUGGGCCAAUCUCCGUCACGUGCCUUGCCGCAGACCCUGGGCUGCUGAGCGGACCCGCGUAGCCUGAAUACAUUGAAUAUUCCUACCCUGGCCAGUGCGGACUACACCCAGAAGAUGCCUCAGCAGUUAGACUCCAAGGUUGCUGCGAUUAUAGACCGCGCCAAGGGCGACGAGUCAGACGAAGAUGCCCUCAUAGCGGAGCUGGAAAAUGAUUCCGAGUUAGACGCCUUCCGCGAGCAGCGCCGCCAGCAGCUGCACGCAGAGUUUGAGCGAGCCCAGCAGCUGCGCAAUAGAGCGCACGGGACCUACGCCGAAGUCAAGGACGAGAAGCAGCUGAUGGACAUCACCACGUCGACCAAGCUCUGCGUCGUGCACUUCUUCAAGUCAGACUUCCACCGCUGCAGCAUCAUGGACACCCAUCUCGAGGCCCUUGCACCAGCCCACUACGAAGCCCGCAUCCUCAGGAUCAACGUCGACAACUGUCCGUUCCUCGUCACGAAGCUCAAGAUCCAGGUGUUGCCUUGUGUCAUUGCUUUCAUAGACGGCAUCGGAGCGGACAGGAUCAUUGGCUUCGAGGGUCUCGGACGCACACCCGACAAUUUCACCACGAGAGACCUCGAGGCUAGGCUGCUUCGUGCAGGUGUUUUCGAAAGACAGAAGGUCACCAAAGAAGACGAGAGGCAGGCGCCCCGGAGAACCAGGGCAGCACAGGAGGACGAGAAUGACGAUGACUGGGACUGAGCGAAUUGCACUCUGAUUCUACUGCAUAACUGCUAUGUACGCCUAGAUAUAUGCAUGUGCAUAUAUCGUACUUGGCUGCGCAACAGAUCCGCCUCGGCGAGUCUGGUGCAGCUCGAGACAAUAGCAGAGCGCCACGGCUGUUCACGAAAGUCUCACAAAUACCCUUUUCCACUGAGCCCGAAUAAAGGAGGCGGCAUCUUCACGAUCAUGAUGCAAUCGUUCUACCUCGCGCAUACCAAAUGAAAUAGGCAUUGUGAGCGAUACGCGAAUCGGCUCCAGCUUUGCUACAUAGACAUAGACUCACUUGGUGAGU